UUCCCAGGUACAAGAAGCGAUUGCCUCUUCCACGUCUGCACAUUUCUUCUCCUACAUCACAUCUCACCAAUAUGACUGCUUCUGGCACUCUCGACUGGACUUCCUACCACAACACCGUCAACGGCCAGGCGGCCAAGACGGCCAAGACCCGCCAUGGCAUCAACCCCGCUACCGAAGAGGCGCUCCCUGAGGUGCCCGUCGCAACGCAGGAGGACGUCGAUGCCGCUGUUGACGCGGCCCGUGCUGCGUUCCCAGCGUGGAGCAAGACGUCGUGGGACGAGCGCCAGGCGCUGGUCAACAAGCUCGUCGAUGCGGUCGAGGCCAACCAGGCCGGCUUCGUUGACAUGCUCGUCAAGGAGACUGGCAAGGCCGUCUCGACAUCGGGCAUGGAAUUCGGCAGCACUCUGAAGUUUGGCCGCGCGCUCGCUGCCCUCCGCGUUGAGGACAAAAUACUCGUCGACAGCGCUGAGAUGACCGGCACUCUGCGCUACACACCCCUUGGAAUCGGUGCUGCCAUCGUGCCAUGGAACUGGCCCCUCCUCCUAGCGACCAUCAAACUUGUGAGCGGCCUCAUCACUGGCAACUGUGUCAUUGUCAAGCCCUCGCCCUUCACCCCUUACACGAACCUGAAGCUCGUUGAGCUCGCUUCCGGCAUCUUCCCACCUGGCGUCGCUCAGGCCCUCAGCGGUGGUGACGACCUCGGCCCAAUGCUCACUGAGCACCCCGGCAUUGACAAGGUGUCGUUUACCGGCUCCUCGUUCACGGGCAAGAAGGUCAUGGCCUCAUGCGCCCGCACGCUCAAGCGCGUGACCCUUGAGCUUGGCGGCAACGACGUUGCGAUUAUUUGCGACGAUGCGGAUCUCGCCAAGGCCGUCCCUACUGUGGCGACGAUGGCGUUCCUCGGCUCUGGCCAGAUCUGCAUGGAUGUCAAGCGCAUCUACGUCCACGAGAAGGUGUACGAGCCCUUCAAGACUGCCCUUAUCGACUUCGCCAAGGCGAUCAAGAUGGGCAAUCCAGAAGACCCUACCACGCUCGUGGGUCCUAUCCAGAACGCCAUGCAAUACGGCAAGGUACAGGAGAUGUUCAGCCAGAUCAAGAAGGAGGGCUGGAACGCCAUCGUCGGCGGCGCCCCCGACGCCCGCGACGUCCAGCCCAAGGGGUACUUCAUGCACCCCACCAUCAUCGACAACCCACCUGAGGACUCGCGCAUUGUGCAGGAGGAGCCCUUCGGCCCCAUCGUCCCCCUCCUCAAGUGGAGCGAUGAGGAGGACGUGCUUGCCCGUGCUAACUCGUCGAAGAUGGGCCUCGGCGGCUCCGUCUGGAGCAAGGACACGGAGCGCGGCACUCGCCUGGCCAAGCGUCUUGAGUGCGGUUCAUCUUGGGUCAACACCCACUUCCACCUUGACCCCAACGUCCCCUUCGGCGGCGCCAAGUGGAGUGGUCUUGGCCGCGAGCUCGGUGUCACUGGUCUUGAGGGCUGGAUGGAGCCCCAGAGCCUCUGGGUUAGCAAGGCGUGAGAUAGAGACAUCGCCCCUGUUUCAUAGGUGUAGGUCAGAAGCUGAGAGAUGCAGAGUCUGGAUGUGUUUCG